UGUGUGUGUGUGUGUGUGUGUGUGUGUGUGUGUGUGUGGAGCAGCGAUCAGUUCUCCGUUCAAGCCCAUGGACAGUUAUCAGUAUUCAGCGGUGGAGCGUAAUAACCUGAUGCGGUUGUCCCAGAGUAUUCCAUUCACCCCAGUGCCCCCUCGAGGUGAACCGGUGACCGUGUACCGUCUGGAGGAGAGCUCUCCCAACAGCAUCAAUAACAGCAUGUCGUCCUGGGCUCAGCGUGGUCUCUGUGCUAAGAUCGAGUUCCUCAGUAAGGAGGAGAUGGGUGGAGGUCUGCGCCGGGCGCUGAAGGUGCUCUGCACCUGGUCCGAGUACGACAUCCUCAAGCCUGGACACCUGUACAUCGUCAAGUCCUUCCUGCCCGAGGUGGUCAACACCUGGCAGAGCAUCUACAGAGAGGACACCGUCCUGCACCUCUGUCUCAGGGAAAUUCAGCAGCAGAGAGCAGCUCAGAAACUCACGUUUGCCUUCAAUCAGAUCAGACCCAAAACCAUCCCGUACUCACCCAGGUUUCUGGAGGUCUUCCUGCUCUACUGUCACUCUGCCGGUCAGUGGUUUGCCAUCGAGGAGUGCAUCACUGGAGACUUCCGCAAGUUUAAUAAUAACAACGGGGAUGAAAUCGUGCCGACCAACCUUCUGGAGGAAACCAUGCUGGCCUUCAGCCACUGGACGUAUGAGUACACUCGAGGAGAGCUGCUGGUGCUGGACCUGCAGGGGGUCGGUGAGAUACUGACAGAUCCAUCAGUCAUCAAGAGCGGAGAGAAAGGGUCUUAUGAUAUGAUCUUUGGGCCUGCGAAUCUCGGAGACGAUGCCAUUCGAAACUUCCGCACCAAACAUCACUGCAACUCGUGCUGCAGGAAACUCAAGCUUCCGGAUCUGAAGCGGAACGACUACACUCCUGAUAAACUGACGCUGCAGCAUGACCCCUCCGAGGACCCGUCCGCUAAAGAACAGCGUCCCUCAAUGCGCUUAAUGCUGUGAGACACACACACACACACACACACACACAGCACAGUGUGUGUGCGGAGGACAUAAGUGUGCAUGUUUUAUAUGAAUGUGUCGCCUCUGAACAAAUGAUGCAAUCUAGAGAUGUUUUAAUAAAUCACAUUUUAUCCUGUACAAUUAUAACAGGGAGUAUGAGCUUUUAAAAGUAUUUUUUUAAGUUUUUAUGGCUGUAUAAAAGUAUAAAGUGGUUAAUAACUGGUACAAUAUCACUGUAUUGUUACAUAUUUAUUCUAAAUUACAGGAAGUAGCCUUGUAUAAAAUAAAAGCUAUUUUACGUGUGAUGUCUGUUAGUUUUGGGAAAGACCUCUGGCUCAUUAAACUAUUAUCAGAUGUUGUACAGAGCUGUAUGAAUGCAUCUAUGGUUUGAAUCUCGUGUAGAUUAUGGGCAGAUUGCAAUGCAAACCACAGAAGAGUGUGUGAUCUGACUGAGACUCACGUUAUAAUGUUACAGAGGUACUGUCGUCAGAGUAUCGUGUGAAAGGGUUAAUCGUGUAUCUCAUAGAUACAUUUAUCUGGCAGUUCUAUCAACUCAAACAUGAGAGUAUUUGAUGCUGGGGAUACUAUAUUAAUGGAUCUGUACACAUUUUUUACUGUAUAUUUAAUAAAACACUGAAAAACCUG